GUGCAAGUUCCCCCUCUAUUGAUGAAACCCGAGGACAAGGACGUCUACACGCGCACAGUAUGUUGGCUUAGCGGCUAGGGAACCAGUUUAGAGACAAGUCUCAAUAGUAAUAAUGGAAGCAUACUGGAAAGUCAGUUUGGAAGAGGAGUUCAAACGUAAUAAGGAACUGAAACAAGAUGACCUGACGUUGAUCAAAGACUGGAUGAGCAAAACACCACAUCUACCCAAACUUAUCGACGUUCAGAUAGUUUUGUUUCUGAGAGCGUGCAACUUCAGCCUCGAAAGGACGAAGGAGGUGAUCGAUUUGAACUACACCAUGAGGACCAGGCUUCCGGAAAUGUUCGCGGACCGAGACCUGAAGCGAGACUGGCUGCAGAAAGCCAUGGCAAAUAUGAAUGUAACAUUCAUGCCGAACAGAGACAAACACGGUAACGUGGUUGUUUUAUACCAAAUAAAAAAGAUGGACAUAUCCAACUUUAACAUGGAGGAAUACGCCAAAUUGACUUUUAUGCUCCAGGAUAUGAGCAACUGCAUGCUCGGAUCGGCUCCUGGAUACGUUUUCAUCCAGGACCUUCAAAAUUUAACCUUCUCAGAAAUACUUCAGUGUCCUAUAUCAUCAACGUCCAAUAUGUUAAAAUUCACUCAGGAGGCGUCUAAUUGUGUCAUAAAGGGUCUCCAUUUCAUCAACGGUGGCAUGGUGAUUGAGAAAUUGUUCGCGCUGAUGAACCCAUUUCUCAAACCAGACGUUAAGAAAUUGAUCUUUGUACAUUCAACUGUUGAUAGUAUGGUUGAAGCAGUCGGCAAAGAGGUAGUGCCAUCUGACUAUGGCGGUACCGGGCCGUCUUGGAAAGAACUUAACGAAAAGACGAUACAAGAUCUCAACGAGCACCAGCAGUAUUUUUUCGAAGAGAUGAAGCAGAGGGUGGUCGAAAAGAAGAGGACAGCUAACGAGUUGAAGGAAUACGGGAUUCAAGGGUCGUUCAAGAAGCUAGAAUUAGACUGAUCUGUUAUUAAUAAUUACUGUGUUAUAAAAUAUAAACUGUGGUUUCCAAACA